AUGAGCUUGCCAUGUCCCUACAGGCAUGUUUCGUACGCGACAUGGCGUCUCCAGAUCUUCCAAAGUCUGUAUCGAUCGACUGAGCCGGGCUUUGCCCGCGAAGCUUGUUUUCCUGUUUCCCGCAGCGCAGCCAGGUCGAAGCGCUGCCAGAGCACUUCCCGCCUUCUCGACGAGGACAAGAACGAUGGGCCCCAGCCUCUAAGAGAUGGAGUUUCUUGGAUAGAUGAUACACCAGGUAAGGGCCAAACGCUAAGCCCACACAACCAGCGGCCUAGGUCAUCCCGAAAAACCUCUUUCAAUCCUUACAGUCCCGACGGUCAGCAGUCAAUAAGGGCUCUGGUGUCCGAGCUCAAACCUGUCGUCGCAGAAGCCCGACGAGAGAAGACCCAUCCGCCAGGUAGCGAUGCAGUCUCUGUCGAGCCAACACGUCUCCCGCGAACACCAAUUCUCAAGCGAACCGGUCCCAAGCACAUGGAAGCGAAGAGGAUGCCUACCGAUGACGAGCUAGACGCUUUGAAGAACAAUGUCUGGGCGCAAAUGUUGGCGGCUCCUCUCAGGGCAUGCCAGGGAAGUUUCGCGAGGUUGCCGGCUCCUUUCUUGGUCGACCUGGAGUUUGUGGAGGACCCGGAGAAGAAGGCGGUGCAUCUGGCACCGGCUCCCCUCGCCGACCUCGACGCAUUAGAACAACGUAUGGCGAAGGAACUAGCCAGAGACAACUGGCUUCAGUCUCGCGACGAUAACUGGGAGUCCAACUGGGAGGCCAGAGAACUGCAACAGGGCGGCGAGGGAGGCGAUUCAACACCACCACAACCACCGACGCAAAAGGUCAAGCAACGGCCAAAGUCUCGCUUGGUCGCAGAGAUGAACCUCGUGCGCUUCUUGACGCUCAAACUCAUGGAACGUUCGAAGCGUGAGCCGGGGAAGAUAGUCUCCAAGUCCAACGCCCUGGCGAGAUUGGUUCCCGCGCCGCUCAAGGAUGCCCUGGAAAAGGCUCAGCACUACGCCAUCAACAAACGGAAGAUCGACGCCGCGACGGGCGCGGACCAGGCAACUGACACAACGAACGAACCGUUACCGAUGGACUAUCUCUCGCGGCUGCAGUGGCAAGUGGACAUGUACGAGCGCAUCCCUCGAAUCAUGCGGAAACGCAUCCUCGUCGCUCUCAAAGCGCUCGCAGAGCAAGCGACGUCUGACACUGCGGCUGGGAAACCGAGCAAAGUGAUGACGCUGUCGAUUCACCAUGCAGCCGGCGUGCCAAGUCAUGUCGACUGUCCGCCAGAGAGCAUCAUUCUGCACAUAGGAGAUGAGGACACCAGGACAUUACUCUCCUCGAUUCCAGCGCCCCCCAAGAAUGAAUCGGGGUUGACUCAACCGCCUCUGCCCUCGAACAAUUGGUUUGUCCCUCCCGUGAUCAGCCUCGACGGCAGACACCGCCUUCCUGUGUUUCCCUUGAAGCAGAUGCUCGCCACCCACGCCGACACGGCCGACGUCGCUGCGCUGGCCGAGUUGACAUCGGCGUACAAAGUUCUUCAGCAUCAUCGUCACCAUCACCCUGGCAAGCCACACUCGAACGACACUUUCCUCCUCGUUCGUCCGGGCGUCGGUCCUCCAAGGGCCGUGAUGGAAGAAGUCUGGCAGUUGUGGAGGUACCUCGGUGGCUCGCAUAUGGGACUGGUAUACGACGAAGACACAGAGCGUUGUUUCGACCAAGGCCAAGUGGUCAAGUAG